UGGAUUUGCUAUAAAAUGAAUAUGCUAAAUUUCCAUAUUAAUUAACUUUUUCCAUAUCAGAUUGAAUACAUUUGAAAUAAUUAGAUAUAGUAUAAUUAAAAUGAAUAUGAAAUGACUAUAUCCAAAGAAUCAUUUUAAAUUCACUUGUUUUCUUAUUUCUUUCUUAUUCAACUCUUGAUGUAUAUACAUUGAUUGUUAUACAAUAAACAAACAAUUUUAUCUUAUAAUGUCAUCUAAAUUCAUAGAUUUGGAAUACCGCCAUUCAAAUGGAAUCUCUUUAAAUUUUUUCCUUUUCUUUUUUCUUUUUUCUUCUGACAAAUAUUACUUCUUGUUUAAAAUCCUGUGUGCAUCAGUUUCCAUCCCAUCAAACAAGUUCUUCUCUAGAAACCCAUCUCUAUUUUUCUCUUUUUCUCUCAAAAAUCUCUAGCACAAGUUUUAGCACAACGGGAGGUACCAAUGGCCAGUUGGGUUGCAGUACUAAGUGUUGUUUGGGUGAGCAUAGUGAUUGCAUGGGCGUGGAGGGUGCUGAAUUGGAUGUGUUUGAGGCCAAAGAAACUAGAAAGAUGCUUGAGGGAGCAAGGCUUUACAGGCAAUUCUUACAGGCUUUUGUUUGGAGACACCAAGGAUAGCUCAAUGAUGCUGCGACAAGCACAAUCCAAACCCAUGAAACUCUCCACCUCCCAUGAUAUAGCGCCACGAGUCAUGCCAUUUGUCCAUCAAAUUGUGAAAACUUACGGUAGGAAUUCUUUUGUUUGGAUGGGCCCCAUGCCAAAGUUGAACAUCAUGAACCCAGAAGAUUUGAAAGAAAUCUUCAACAAGCGUCAAAAUUUUCAGAGGCCAUCAGCAAACCCUCUUAUCAAGUUGCUAGUACAGGGCCUUCUACACAUUGAAGAUGAGAAAUGGGCUAAACACAGAAAGAUUAUCAAGCCAGCAUUCCAUUUAGAGAAGCUAAAGGGUAUGUUACCAACAUUUUACCAAAGCUGUAGCGACAUGAUUAACGAGUGGAAGGGGUUGGUGUCCAAAGACGGUUCAUGUGAGUUCGAUGUGUGGCCAUGUCUUAAAAAUUUGUCGGCAGAUGUGAUUGCUCGGGCUGCAUUUGGAAGUAGCUAUCAAGAGGGAAGAAAAAUAUUUCAGCUCCUGCAACAGCAAGAUAAAAAUUUUUCAUUAGUCGUCCGAAGUGUUUACAUUCCAGGAUCGAGGUUUCUACCAACCAAGCAUAACAGGAGGAUGAAGGAAAUAAAUAAAGAAAUAAAUGUGUUGCUCAAGGGUAUUAUAAAUAAAAGAGAAGAGGAAAUUAAGUUGGGUGAAGACAAUAAAGAUGACUUGUUAGGUAUACUUAUGGAGUCCAAUUUGAAGGAAAUUCGCGAACAUGGGAACAAGACAGACACUGGAAUGAGUAUUCAAGAUGUAAUUGAGGAGUGUAGGUUGUUUUACUUGGCUGGUUCAGAGAGCACUUCUACGCUGCUUGUUUGGGCAAUGAUUUUGCUGGGUCAAAACCAGAAUUGGCAAGCUCGUGCAAGGGAAGAGGUCUUGCAAGCCUUUGAAAGCAACCCACCAAGCUUUAAUGCCCUAAGCCAACUAAAAGUUGUGACCAUGGUUUUACUUGAAGUUCUUCGAUUAUACCCAGCAGGCGUUGAGCUUCCACGAACCACUUGCAAGAAAACACAGCUUGGAAAAUUCUUAUUGCCGGCCGGAGUCCUUGUCUCCUUACACAUAAUGUUUGUUCACCAUGACAAAGAAUUGUGGGGUGAGGAUGCAGAUGAGUUCAAGCCAGAGAGGUUUUCAGAAGGAAUUUCAAAGGCAACAAAGAACCAAUUUGCAUACUUCCCUUUCGGUGCCGGUCCGAGGAUUUGCAUUGGACAGAACUUUGCUAUGCAGGAAGCAAAAUUAGCCUUGGCAUUGAUUCUGCAACACUUUACCUUUGAUCUCUCUCCAUCCUAUGCUCAUGCUCCUACGACACAAGGAAACCUUCUUCAACCUCAAUAUGGUGCUCAUAUCAUUUUACGUAAACGUUGAUUACUUCUAAAUGAUAUAUAUUGUUGACAAUUAAGUUAAAAAUUAUAAGGACAUCACAUGGCCAGACAUAUUAACCAUGUAAUUUUCCUACCCUGGGUUUUAUCCCUUGUGGUUUUCCUCGGGAAGGUUUUAAUGAGGCCACCAUUAACAUGCUUGUUCUUACCAUGUAAUGUUCUCUUUGAGUUGAAUGCAAUACCAUUUUCUAUCCCAAAAAAAAAAAAUAUUAACCAUGAAAUUCUUGUGACUUGUCUUUCGUUCAUUUUUAGAAUUGAAAUACUUUAUUGUCAAAAAAUUCACAAUGGGUACAAUUGUAGAAUUCAAAAACAAAAUAAAAAAACUUGGUCUACGAAAACACAAAACACCCCUGAUGACUAUCCAAAGAAUUCAUCAUAAAGAAAUGUAUUGAAUUCUCGGCCC